AUGUCCCUAGACCGGCGCGGUGAGAUAACAACUCCCCCCACGCGCUAUGACCUCACCCUGGGAUCGGACAAGUCGUCGUCCCUCUCCCGAUCAGAGGCUGGAACAUAUGACGUGAUUCAGGCGGAGAUUCAGCAUGCCAAGCGCCAAGAACUGGCCACUGGCGUAGCCACCGCACCGCACCAGAACGGCCACAAUGGUAACGGAGUUGCGCCUGGUCAUUCCCAUUCCCUGACCACUCAGCAUGAUAUCGAGGCAGAGGUGAAGAAGCGUAAGUGGCCAACCGAGCCGAGCUAUUUCUUGGCCAAGGAGCUGCUGAUGACAGAGCGAACGUACAAGAAGGACCUCGAUGUGUUGAAUACGACCUUUAGGCAGGUACUGAGCCUGGACGAUGUGGAACAGCUGCAGCCGCUGUUCGAGCUCCUGGACUCGUUGGCCCAGCACCACAAUCUCUUUCUGCGUGACAUCGAGCACCGCCUGGUUCAAUGGGAGGGGCGUGGGGGCCACGAAGCCCACCGCAUCGGUGACGUUAUGAUGAAGCAUAUGGCGGCACUUCCCAUCUACGACGAGUAUGUGCAGACGCAUCUAGACAUUCUCCACUGCCUAAACGAAAUGUACGAGGGUGAUGAGCGCUUCCGCCAGGUGUACAAGGACUUUGAACAGCAGAAGGUGUGCUAUCUCCCAGUGGGUGAGCUCCUACUGAAGCCCCUCAAUCGGCUUCUGCACUACCAGCUUUUAUUGGAGCGUCUGUGUGACUAUUAUGCGGAGGAGCACAUUGACUACGCUGACUGCCAAGCGGUACACCACUUGCUAGUCCGCAGCACCAAGGGAAUCCGUGCCCAUCUGCCCGAUUCGGCCAACUUUGUGGAGCUAUGCGAGCUUCAGCGUGACAUCAACUUUGAGCAAUUGGUCCAACCCCAUCGAAGGCUCAUCCGCCAGGGAUGCCUUCUUAAGCACUCGAAGCGUGGCCUGCAACAACGCAUGUUUUUCCUCUUCUCAGAUUUGCUUCUCUUUGGCACCAAGUCGCCGCAGGACCAGAGCUUCCGCAUCUUGGGCCAUGUCCCAGUGCGAUCCCUGCUCACCGAAAACGCCGAGCACAACACAUUCUCCAUUUUUGGUGGGCAGUACGCCAUUAUGGUUAGUGCCGGCACGACCGCCGAGAAAACCCUCUGGCUGGCGGAGCUCUCCAAGGCGGCGGCAGACAUCAAAAACCGACCACCAAACAUGCAAUUGCCGCUAACGACGCUCAAGAACUGCAGCUCUUCGGAAGAGGGACUGGACCUCUCCGGCUGGCAGAAACUGUGGGUGGUGUUCACCUCGUUCUGCUUGUACUUCUACAAGAGCUACCAAGACGAGUUCGCUCUGGCCAGUCUCCCGCUCCUUGGCUACACGGUGGGGCCACCUGGGCACCAAGACGCCGUGCAAAAGGAGUUUGUGUUUAAGCUUUCUUUUAAGAACCACGUUUACUUCUUCCGAGCGGAAAGCGCGCACACCUAUAACAGGUGGCUUGAGGUAUUGCGCAGCACCACUCAAACGCAGGACUUUAAGAACAUACACAGCCAUGCUGCGUUGGCCAAUUAG